GUUGAAGCCCAAUUGUUUCACUCCGUCGUAUGCGCAGGCAUGACCUACACGCAACUCAACAAUUUGAUGCGUGGGUUUGAAAUGAAGAGUGUAGGGGAAGAGACGUUCUACCGGUUUUUUCGUGAAGAGGGGCGUGGGUCACGACAGUGGAUUCGUCAUGUCGAACGUGUGGCUGAGAAAAGUUACAAUCGCAUCAUCUCUUAUCUAAAAUCGUCCGAUGAACCCGUUGUCAUUUUGCUCGACGACAGAUGCGACUCCUCCCAGGAUGCGCAGCAUUGUACGGUAACGGCCAUGAAGUUGCAUUCCCGUCUUGUAGUCGGCACGGAGACUUUGAAAAAGGGAGAGUUGUCAUCGUGGAGGCUGGAGAAAAGAUGUGUUGAACUUCUGCUGGAACGACUGACUAAGGAGAAAAAUUUUGUGAUUGCCGAAGUUGUACAUGAUGAUUGUGCUGCUGUUGACGUCGUUCUCCGCAACAUGGGAAUUGAUUCGCAGAAAUGUAUAUGGCAUAAGGCAAAGAGUUUGUUGAAAAGGCUACGUGAGGCGUUGCGAGGCACGAAGACGGUGAAGCCACCAGCAGUCGGCGCUUGUGAGCAUGUGCGAGAAGUGAAGAUGUUCACAAAAAAAGAACUGGAGAUUUCACUUCGAUCAAGGGGUGUAGACGUGCGUGGGGGGCGCAGAGCGAAAAAAAAAACUAUCGUAGAAGUGGUGUGGUGGGAGCUUCAUCCGUCGGAGAAGGGGAAGCCCCUCCCAAUUGAUGUUGUCGAGAACGAUGCACUGGAGGACUUGCAUACGGAAGCUGCCCAAGAAUUGAAAGAAUGGUUUUACGGUGCAUGUAAAUUGCGAAAGAGAGCUGAGGACGACGAUGGAGAUCUUCUUGCCAAACAUGUGAACCACAUAGCGCAUCAUUGGGCCGACGACCAUUCGCUUUGCGUUACCGACAUCCCAGGUCUGUGUCAAGCGGUUGGAGGGGUUGAGCGUGAGCCUUUGUAUGAGUUGGGCGGGAAGUGUCACAAGUCCGUCGAGCAUUGUUUGCAACAGUUUGCUUCCGUCACGAAGAUGUCAUUCUACACUUGUGCCCGAAUGACUUACGAAAACAAAUGCUUCCACUCAGUUAUCAACAAGUACUGUUCAAAGAGAUUGAACUUUGCGAAGUCAUAUGAAGCAAGGGUGUCUAUCACGGCUCUCGACUGGAACAAAAACCGACGGCGCUCUCCGUUGGGUUUUACAUACCGGAAAGAGUCGAGCGUUGGUCAUCGUCGAAGGUCGGCACGUCGCCUCCUCCACGGGCCGCACGACGGUUCAUGGCGUUUUGAUAUAUCACGUGCUGUUUUCGGUACUCCUAGAGUGGGAGAUUGGGCGAGAGAUUAUCUACAGCAGAGGGAUAGUGAUGAGGGCAUUGUUGAUGUGACCGACGUCGACGUCGGUGCGGGUUCGGACACAGGUGAUGAAGUCGAGGCAUUGUUGUUGAGAAGAGACAAAAAUGAGGCGAGCGAUGUCGCUCCUCACGAAGACGUCGGCGGCGGGUCGAGGAGUCCCGGUUCGCCGCUCGAGCCAUCGCGUCUUCGGUUCAGCGACACGUCCGUGCGUGAUGGCAGCGACUCAGACGAAGGUGUCGACGUAGACAGUAACGUCGCCUCGCAGGACGUCUCUAUCGCAUAAACAUACGUGGUUCGUUGUUGAGCUACGAAACACCCUCAGUCGCGUCCGCGGGGUCAAACUCGGAGGGCGGACGUGAUCACGACCGCCGCAGCUACGACCGCGGUUGGGUGUGGCCGCACCUUUUUGGAAUUCUUUGAGACUUGAAAAAAUGCACAAAUAAACAAAAAACAUUAGGUUGC